CAAAGCUGUUUUUAGACAUUACUUUAAAGGAUAGGUUGUUUAGUCUGUCUCUUAAAAUACGAUAAUACUCACAUGACCAUGUAGACUACAUUGAUAGAGGUGUUGGUAGCUAAUUGUUCCUACUGUCCAUGAAGGGAUCAAUUUCUGAUGUGAUUCCAAUGGAAGAGAUGUGGCGCAAAUCUGCAGUCACAGUUCUUCGAAAAACUGUGAAGCUAAUAUGAGGCUUCAGACCUUAUUACCUUUGGAUGAACUUCGGAACACAUCUGGCACAGAACGAUCUCCUAAAUUACAUUGAAAAUGCAUCAGGAGACGAUUUCUGCACGACACUCGCUUCGAGCACAUGCAGACAUAGGGAGAGGGGGGAUGAACGAGGUGUACACAUGUGAGGAUUUCCUAAACUGCCGGGGCAAGGCAGGACUGGUGAAGAGAGAAGCAGAGGAGGAGGAAUACUGCAGUGACCAGCCAGCUUUUCUCUCUCUCUCUCUCUCACUCUCUUUCUCGCUGCUUCACUGCUUUCAUCACCCUGUCUUCUUCAUCCCUUUCUCUCCCCCUCUGCCAAUUAUACCAUGAACCUGCCUGCUGCUUGUUGCUAAGGGGGAGCCAACCGGGGGAGCAGAGUGGACCGGGCAUUAUUUUGUUUCUAAGGACUGAGUGAAAAUGGCGGAGGGGUCCAGAGACCAGGGAGGUGUGGGCACCACUGAUCCAGAAGAGGACUCCCCCAACAUGAUCGUCUACAGAAAAAUAGAAGACAUUGUUACACGAAUACAAGAUGAGAAAGCAGGAGGCGUAGCCAUUCGGACUGUCAAAAGCUUCCUCUCCAAGAUCCCCAGUGUGGUUUCAGGGGCCGACAUUGUUCAGUGGCUGAUGAAAAACCUUUUUAUUGAGGAUCCAGCUGAAGCCAUCCACCUUGGGAGUCUGAUCGCUGCCCAUGGCUACAUCUUCCCCAUCUCUGACCAUGUCCUGACACUUAAAGAUGACGGAACCCUUUAUCGCUUUCAGUCUCCCUACUUCUGGCCUUCAAACUGUUGGGAGCCUGAGAACACAGACUAUGCCAUUUACCUGUGCAAGCACACCAUGCAGAAUAAGGCCAGGCUUGAGCUAGCUGACUAUGAGGCUGAAAACCUUGCCCGGCUACAGAGGGCUUUUGCCAGGAAGUGGGAAUUUAUCUUCAUGCAAGCUGAGGCUCAAGUCAAGAUUGACAGGAAGAAGGACAAGGCAGAGAGGAAGAUCCUGGACAGCCAGGAGAGGGCAUUCUGGGACGUCCAUCGACCAGUGCCAGGCUGUGUCAACACUACAGAGAUGGACAUCCGCAAGUGCCGGAGAGAGAGGAACCCUCACAGGGUAAAAAAGUCGGUCUACGGGGUUCCAGAUGACGGCCAGAGCCAGCCGAGUCCCGUCCACAUCAGCUCCCAGCCGACCAGGAAGGCCACCAAAGAGGACGUUCAGAAGGAGAUUACCUUCCUGAACAUUCAGCUGGACAGACACUGUAUGAAGGUUUCCAAAGUGGCCGACAGCCUGAUGAGCUACACGGACCAGUUCGUGGAAUAUGACCCAUUUGUGUCGGCCACAGAGCCUUCCAACCCCUGGAUCAGUGAUGACACUACCUUCUGGGACUUGGAGGGAAGUCGUGACCCCAGCCAGCAGCGUGUGAAGAAAUGGGGCUUCUCUCUGGAGGAGGCGCUGAAAGAUCCGGCAGGAAGAGACCAGUUCCUGAAGUUCCUGGAGUCAGAGUUCAGCUCAGAGAACCUGCGGUUCUGGUUAGCAGUGCAGGAUCUAAAGCGGCGGCCGCUCCAGGAAGUGUCCUCCAGGGCGCAGGAGAUCUGGCAGGAGUUUCUGGCCGAGGGAGCACCGAGCUCCAUCAACCUGGACUCUCACAGCUACGAACGCACCAGCCAGAACCUCAAAGACCCCGCACGAUACAGCUACGAGGACGCUCAGGAGCACAUAUUCAAGCUAAUGAAAAGUGACAGCUAUGCACGCUUUUUGCGAUCCAACAUCUACCAAGACCUCCUGUUAGCCAGAAAGAAGCAGCCAGCAGACACUGAACAGGGCCGCCGCACCUCCUUGGAGAAGUUCACCCGCAGUGUGGGCAAGUCAUUGACGGGAAAGCGCCUGACAGGCCUGAUGCAGUCAUCCUGACACAGCCUGUGCUGGAGGGGCACAGCCAGACCCUGUUGGAGUGGUGACCGCCACACAGGGGCGGGGGCUGGGGCACAGACAGUGGAGCUGGGCUGGACACGGCUGCUGUGGAUGCUCUCAUACACUGCUCCGAGGACUGCUGCCACACUGCUACUGCAGCACUGGGCCUGCCGGGGCGAACGCCCCAAACUGAACCACUGAGGAAAUGCUGACAAGGGAACCUCACACCACAUGGCAUGCAGCAUACAGUAUAAGCACAUUCAGACUAGGGCUGCCCUCUUUUCAUCACUUAGUCGGCAAACUGGUUGUUAGGCUCUUUGUCGACCAAGCUGACCAGUUUAUAUUGUUUUCGUUUUGUUUUAUAUACGUGUUUAUUGGAUAUUAAAGCACAUCUGUGGUGUCGCAACAAUAUUCUGUGAUUAAAAACUACAUUUAAAAGCUAUUUGCCACAACAUUUGCAAUGCAUUGACUUUUGAUUUAGUUGUCCUAAAACAGCUGAGGUCAAAGAGGCACUUCAACACAGACACAAAUAGACAUUCUAGUUUGCAUAUGUCUCUGUACUGACAAGGCAGCCAGCAAUA